GGUACUCGCGGCAUGGAAUUCGCUCGUGUGGGAACCAAAGUGUAUGCUUUCGGUCGUCAUCCUUGGUCCAAGGCCAGAUCUCGAAAAUUCUACGCCUGCGAUCUCAAGGGUGAGAGUCCCUAUGAGUUUAAGAGGGCAGGUAAGCUGAUUUCUCCCAAGACAUCUCCUAUUGUUAUUCCCUUCCGCAGCAACAAGAUUCUCAUCAUUGGAACGGCUGUUCAUGAAAUUGAGCUCGAUUGGAAUCGGAAAUUGGGCAGCCGCGCUCCUUACCGGCCGUGAGGUCUUAAACCUCUCUGUUAAUCAAUCUUCAGGGGUCAGAACCCCAUUCGACGAGUUGUAUAAAGCUGAUCGUAUGGGCCCUUCCCCUUUUUCACUCGGUCAUGAACAUUUUGUGGUAGCUAGGGACUAAGAUAUAUGUCCGGAUCUGUCCUUCUUAUCGGGAGCGUCACACUCUGCGUCUCUUCUGUUUCGACAUGGAAGCUCUAGAGUGCAGAGAAUGCCGUGUACGUGAUUCUCCUCCUCCUGUUGAUGGUAUUAGCAGCAGCAGCAAAAAGAUGAGUGAUGGAUAUUCUGAUUUACCAUUUUGGUUAGACCCAGAGCGUGGGUACUGCAAAUCUUUGAAGAACAUUGUGUCAGGGGAUAAGCUUUUUUCACUCAACAUUGCUGAGAGGAAGGUUCCUGAGGAUGACUUUGUUGUUGGGGUUAUGGAUGUGAGGUGGCCUGUCCUGGAACCAAUGCGAAUUGGCCGGCGCGAUGAUUUGGGGUUUCAGCAUCUGGAAGAAGUAGAAUUAUGUCUGAAUGCUAAAUUUAAAGACAUUGUCCAUUCCACCUGCGUGGGAGGGGUGCUUCCGUUAGUGGUUGAUGAUAACAGUAACAACAACUGGUUCUGUGUGUUUAUAUGGUGUCCAUGCCUUUUAACCCUCGCGCUCUGCAAGUUUAGAUUGGUUAAGAAUUUGUCUGCUGCUGCUGCUGCUGUUGAUAGUAUGGAAUCAGACGAAUCAUCAUCAUCAUCGUCAACAUGGGAAAAUGGAGGUCUUUAUGAGUGCCACGACUUGUCCGAUGCGCGCUUUGCUAUUGAUGACUGUUAUUUAGAACCUCGACAGUUGCUUACUCCCGUCGGCACCUUCAGGCUGCCUUGGUAGACUGAUAUGGUUGGCUUGGCUUGGAAUGGAAUGGAAUGGACCUGCAGCGCGCGGAUAUAGUUUAGUUGCCCAUAUUGGCUGUGCGAUGGGGCUUGCAGCGGGGAGGAGGGUUGCUUUUGUGUUAUGUGCUCCUACUCUUCACUCUUGAGGCAUUUCAUUAGCUAGCUUGCAAGUGUGCAGAGGAACUUGGCAAACUCUUAUCUACUACGUAUGAGAAAUCAAUUUUUUUUUUUUUUAACUUGAAAUACAAAGGAGCUCAUUUACAAUGGUAAAUUUUGGAUAAAGCUAAGUAAUGGUACGCAGUUAGUGCACGGGGUCAAUUGCCCGGCAUACCAUAAAAGUAUUGAAUUUGUUGCGCACUGACCACUUAAAUUAUUUUAGUUGCAACUAAAUCAUAUAA